UUAGAAAAUAAGAAUUUGCUGUGCAAUUAUGAAAAUAGAUGUGAUAUAAAGUCCAUAUUGUGACAUUGUUGGUCUGUAUUAUAUAAUGUUUGUGUUUAUUAAUGUGUACAAAAGUGUUUACGUGAAGUGCUACUGUAUCGCGAACAUCCACACAGUUAACUCAAACGUGGAACCAUCACCUACCGAAAGACUCAAAUGGAGACGGGCAUCGGAACGCUGGUCAGUAAUAACUAGGUUUACUAAAAGGUUCCGACCUGGUGAAAAGUCAUAAAUUCUGCUUUGCCUUUGAUUAGGCGAACUUCUAUACAGCAGUUUAAACUCGAAUAACAACUGAUUCGGCUACACUUCUGCAUUGUUUCAAGAUUGGAUAAUUAUCUGCCACGUUUAUCUGCAUCUAAUAAGCCAAGUUUGGUCAUAUGAUAAUGAAUCAGCUUUAUUUAUACCACGUUAUCCAGAACAGAAGACAUUGCUACGAACGGCCAGUCUAAGCUGCUGUGCUGGGAUAAUUGUGUUGCGAGACUUCGGGGUUUAAUCGCAAACAAACAAUAACGCGCAGUGGCUGCGGAGCGCGCAUUCCGGUGUGUAAUUUAUCAAGACUCCGAACCGAAACCUGAAACCAAUCAAUCAAUCAAUCAAACCACCCGAUCGUUUGAUAGAGGUCGCUCAGGGAUAUCGGGAUCAUAUGCUGAACUUGCUGCAAAGUCUCUGGGAAAAAACAGGGCAGAGCGUACAGCCUUAACCUGCGCCGAGGAGAGGUGUCCAUAUGUGCCGUGUCUUAAGUACUCCCCGUGAUGUCGAAGUGCAAAAAUAACAGACUUCAAUAAAAUCAAUACAAUCCCAAGUGAGGUAUCGGUGUGUAAGGUGGAACAGUGAAAGGAAGACCUCUGGCAGAAGACUCAGACAUUCACGCACAGGUGAGAUUGGGGGUUGCGUUAAAUGGCUGCCAAGAACCUUGACCGUUGAUACCAGUGCCUGAGCCGUCGACAAGUGUGCUGCCUACCGAAGAAUGUCGACCGAUCGAAGAAAUACAUUUUUGACGUUCGCUGAUGUGGUGUGAUGAGUUCCGAGUGUGCGUUUAUACCGAGUGCGAGUGGAUCGUAUGGUGCGCGGUGUACGAUGAGUUCAAAGUGUUUCGCCCAUCGUGGAAGUUGUUGCGUCCAGUGAGCUUAGAGUGACGGACUCGUACCCGAUUUAAAGCCCCCUCCCUUCCCCCUCCUCACACACAACCACACACAAGGUGAAUAGUGUAGUGAAUAGUUUAACAGUUGGUGUGUUUAUCUUCCAAAGGACAACGAGAAACGCAUCAGCAAAAUGUAUUGCCUUUGCCGAUCGUCGAAAACCAUCACCGUGCGGAUCGUGCUGUUGGACGAGACGGAUUUUCUACACGAACUGCAGGACGAUUUACCCGGCCAAGCCCUGCUGGAUGUGGUUUUUGCGCGCCUCAACCUGAUAGAGACUGCCUACUUUGGGAUCCGGUACAUCGAUCAGGACAAUCAGACGCAUUGGUUGGAUCCGGGUGCCAGACUUUCGCGCCAGUUGAAAGCUGGCAAAGUGCCGUACGAUCUGUACUUCGGUGUAAAGUUCUACGCCUGCGAUCCCUGCAAGCUUGUCGAAGAAAUUACGAGGUAUCAGCUGUAUUUGCAGGUGAAGCAGGACAUUCUGCAAGGACGGUUGCCCGUUUCGUUUGAGCUUGCCGCCGAACUGGGAGCGUAUGUCAUACAGGCCGAGCUCGGUAACUAUGAUCCGCGUAAACAUCCGCCCGGAUACGUGUCCGAGUUCCGGUUGCUCAACAACCAAACGAAGGAAAUCGAAAGCCGUAUCCAUGAGCUGCACAUCCAGCUGGAAGGAAUGUCUCCGUCGCAGGCCGAGUUUAACUAUCUGGACAAAGUCAAAUGGCAUGACAUGUACGGUGUGGAUCUGCAUCCGGUUCUGGGUGAAGACAGUGUGGAAUAUUUUCUCGGCCUAACGCCGGGUGGAAUUGUGGUGCUGCGUAAUAAAACAACCGUCGCACACUACUACUGGCCUCGGAUAGCGAAGGUCUACUACAAAGGACGAUACUUUAUGCUUCGCGUCUGUGAUAAAAACAAUGAAGUUAGUACUUACGGUUUCGAGACACCAAAAAAGAGCGCCUGCAAGCAUCUGUGGAAAUGUUGCGUCGAGCAUCAUUCGUUCUUCCGCCUGGUGCGGGUAGCGCCGAUGCAGGCCACCGGUACCCUUGCCAGCAAGUACAGUGCCCGUUCGGAGCGUCAAUCGAUGAAGGACCUCUCGACGCAACAGCGUGUUCCACCCGCGUUCACCAGGACACCGUCCCGCCGACAGCCGCGACGCGUGAUAAACGAACCACCGCCCGAGGACAAGAUGUUCGAUGCACCGAAAUACAUUCAGCAGGAAAUCAAAUCCGUUUCAAUACCUCAACCGGCACAGUCCUUUGAGAGCCCUUAUCGUUCUACUUGCAGCAUACCGGCUGCAUUGAAUGGUAGCGGUAGUAAAGCGCAGGGCCCUGCCCCACCAGACUCCCCGCGAAGUACCCGCAGUGCGCCCUGGAUGCGGUCGCAGCAGCGUGGUUUGUUCGGGAUUAACUCGAGCCCGAAGUCGGUACGGUCCGCAUCGACGCGUAUGAGUGCACCGGCCAAUAAUAGCCGAAUGCGAUCCAGCUCCGUUGAGAGCCAUUCGUCGAACGAAUCGCGGUCGGGGCGUCGACGCCGGCACAGGAGUCGCCGGGUGUCGGACAACGAGAGUGAAAUGAGCCGCGGUUCGGGACGCUCGGGACGUUCGCAUAACUCGCACCGCAAGCAUCGGCGCCAUCGUUCGAAGAAUCGACGCAACCGUUCGGACACGGAGAGCCGUGAUCGUAGCUACUCCGGGCACCGGCGAUCGACGGACUCGAUCGAGCUGGUCGAUUCCGGUGAGCAGUGGCUGGAGGUACAGCGCAAACAGCACUCCGAUGCGGUACCGAAGGCGGCCGUCAUCAAGAGCAGCCAGGUGAUGAAGGGUUCGCAUCCCGAUUCUGGCAUUAUACAGCACCAUCAUCGCAGCCGGCGACAUCGCAAACACCGUUCGCCGUCGGAAAAGAUCUGGUCCAGCGAGUUGACGAAGCAUCUGCAGUUCGAUCUGGUCGAUACGACCGGGAUGACGGAGGAUCAGCUGCGCGAGAUACCGUACACGGUCGUGGAGACGAAUCAUGCCGCCAAAAAACCGAACACACUGAAGGUGCACAAGACUAGUCAUCAAUCGUCGACCUCGUUAUCGCACCAUCAUCACCAUCACCAACCGCACCAGGCGAGCAACAAUCGUAUCGAUCGGAUACGGGACCCAUACUCCAAGGGUGUCGACGGCAGUUUGGUGGAGAAUGGCAUCAACGGCGGUUCGAUACGAUCGGCUAGUACGAUCAGUUCGUCAAGGGACUACGACCGUAACUCGGGGCUUAUAAGAAUGAUGUCUAGCAUGAGUAUGGGAGACUUCAUUUCGCCCACUGGAUCGAGUCUUAGUCCGUUGGACAGUUCAGGGUUGCGUGUGUCCCACGAACACACUGAUUCCGGUCUUGGGGCCGAUCAAGACUAUGCGUACUCAUCGGAAAGAUCCAGUGACAGUGCCAAGUACGGUACGAACAAAUCUUCCGGAGCAUCCGUGACGUCGGGCCACACGAAGUCCUCCUCGUCCAACACGAUGAAGCCGCACCAUCACACAGUGAGUAGUAGGAAACCUCCGCUCUGUCCGGGUCGUACCGGGCUCUUGCAAACCAACCAACCGUCAGCUAUAACUCAACAACCACAGUCACAGCAACAACCACCAUCACAGCAACAGCAAACACAUCUUCAGAGCAAAUUUUCCUCGGUACCUGGUGUACAUAGUGCCAACGGCAGUAACAGUCGCUUGAUUAAUACUAACAACACACACUAUCAAAACAAUCACUACACCUUCAGUCUAACCCGAAACCCUCACCAGAACCAUCACCUUCAGCAUCAUCAGCAGCAACAACCGCAACAGCAUCAUCAGUAUCGGCACAAUUUUACUAACAAUAUUGGUGGCCGCGUUCAUCCGGUCGGUGGUGUCGGUAGUAUUGGCAGUGGGUUAAGCACUAGCACAUACCUGGACACGGUGGCAACGCUGUCGUCAUCCGCCGCGCCCUACCACUACUACUUCGAUGGGGCCGGUUUCCGGUCGAACGUUGGCCCGUCCGGUGCCGGUAUCCAUGCGCUGGGUGGGUUGGGCCCGGGCACUGGCGGUACCCGCGGCACUAAGUCCGACAUCGGUGUACCGAUACGCCCGAAGCGGCACUAUCAACACCACCAUCAGCAGCAGCAGCAGCAGCAACAGGCACACCAGUACAACAUCACCAGUGUGCACAAUUUUAGCCGCUCAUCCAUUGUCACCGGCACAGACCGGAAGCAGCGGAACCCGAUGGCACAGUCGCCAUCAUUCAACAAGUCAAUCGACUAUCUGGAAAACUAUAAGACUGGUGUGGAAAGACUUAACCAGGGCAGCAGUAGCUUAAACAAUAACAAUCCGGAAAGUUUCACCGGGCUGCUCGGUAUGGGUGUUACCGGCAGUCAGAAUGUACUGAACAACAACAACAACACCCAACCGAUGAGCAAUGGACCGUGGGAGGUGAUCAACGGUACCAAGGGUGAUGGGGGCGAUCAUGUUGGUCCGCUGAUUUGUUUCGAUACGAACCGAAAUCAGGAUGGGGCACGGUCGAACCUGGAACAAACCGUAACCAAACCGAGUGAGGGCAGUAAUGCCACCCGUACUGUUGGUCCGAUCAGUGGCGAAAAUGGAAACGUGCAAACCGAGGUGGGUACCAGCUCACCCACCGGCCAACAGCCGGCCAACAGUGGGGGUCCGGGUGCACAGGGUAGGCGUAACAGUCCGACCAAAGCCAGCACCGAAUCGGUGCAGUUGACCAAGCCCAGGUCCCAGGUCGGGUCCAGCCCGGCACGGUUCGGUCUCGGUAAGAACAGCAACCAUCGUUCGUCCAGCUUAGAACUGAUACUAACACCUAUAAUACAGAGCCGACGGGCCCAGUAAUAAUGGGUGAAAUGAGCACGGAAUUAUAAUGGCAAAUCGAACACGGCUUCAUUCAUCCAUCCCAUAGCCUUAGGAACCACCGCUGUCAAAUUGAACUGUCAACGUGGCAAAGAGAAACCUCUCUACUACUCGCUAUAAAAGAGAAAAACCAUCGAUGUUUGGAUACAAUUUGAUUCAUUUAUGUGUGUCGAAUGAAGCAAAAACGCUCGUAGAUGUUCUUUUUCCCCCAUUUUUCCGCACCACAGUUCUUUUAAUUGUUUAAUAUUUAAAGGUUAUUAUCAAAAUUUAAUACAUCACCCACAAUGAUCUGGCUCUGUACAAAACUGUACCGUAUUGAUGUGCAAGUGCCACGAUGAGAAAAGGUUAAAAUUAUGAAUACACAUACACGCAUUCACUGCGAACAGCAGGUUGGGUGUGUAAGCGAGCAGUGAAUUUUUUGUACCAGUGCAAUCGAAUGCUAGAUAGAAUGAUGAGUCGGAGCGAUAUUAACUAGCAUAGAAGUGGAAAGAGUUUCCUCAAUGGUGUAUAAUGCAGGCGAAGAUGAGCAGUUGUUUUUUUUAAUUCACUCUUCAUUCACUUAUCAAUGUAUUAACCCCGGGCGGGGGCACGGUGUGUGACGGCUGCCAGGGACAGUGCAGCGGUCAUUACACGAUAGUGUUAGGUAUGUUUUAACGAAAAAGUAACAAAAAAAAAAUAAUGCAGUACCACUAAAUGCAAUCCAGAACCAAAAAACGAAGCGAAACGUCAAACGACACUUAAAUCAAAAUAAGAAGGGAACCCGACCCGUACACUAGGAAGGUAAGCUAGACACUAACUGGCGUAUGAACUAACGAAGAGUGAGAUGCAUUCUCGAUGUGUAUGUGUGCUUAGAUGUAAGGAGUGUAUUUGUCGAAACAUCCCGCCCGUAACGACGGCAACGAAAACCACUGCCAACACUCGCCAGUGCCAGUGUCGUUCGUCUGAUGCUACGUUGACUGAGGGUGAAGUGUUUGGAUAUCCAUCAUUUAUUAUCCACAAUCGCUAGUGGCUAAGUUUUCGGUGUACGUACUAUGUAUUUUUCCGGUAGCAGCUUGGACGGUGUGUUGCGUCUGGUUUAGCCACGCUUAAAUCUCUUACUGUUAGGUGUUUUUGGACGAUUCGAACAGUGUGCUCCAAUGUGUUUAAUCUGUUCCGUUUCUCAAGCCCCUUUCCACGCGAAAGCAGACUUUGCAGAGCCUGCAAUAAAGCGGUUUCACUAUCUCUCUCUCUCUCUCUCUCUCUCUCUCUGUUUCGACACCCGUUUUCAUCAGUAUCUCAGUACCCAUCCGUUCGGUGUUUCCAUUUAAAGACACUGCAUGCAUCCGGAAGACCCAUCAUAGCCCAACAACCAAUCAAGGAAGAUCAAACGUCUUCCACUGGAACGGAAUACGAAGUGCUCUUGCUGUCAGAAUCUUCCUGGUUUUUUGUAAUAGUCGUUAAAAUCAAAAGAAAUUCAUUGCAUGUAUGUAAGUUCAUUAACAUUGAUCCAUACACGAAUGCAACAAAAAACCCCUCUUCUCAUGCCCCUG